UGAUGUGACUGAAGUGCAAAUCUUCAUAAUAAUCAUGCAUUUACUGGCAGUGAUUGGAGGACCACCUUUUUGGCAAUCUCUGAUUCCAAUACUGAAUAUUCAGGUGAAAAUAUUCCCAGCUCUAUGUACUGUCGCAGGAACCAUAUUCUCCUGUACAAACUACUUUGGUGUGAUCUUCACAGGUGGAGUUGGCAAAAACGGAUCCACUAUAGCAGGAACGAGUGUCCUUUCACCUUUUCUUCAUAUUGGCUCAGUGAUCGCGUUGGCUGCGAUGAUCUACAAGAAAUCUGCUGUGCAGCUCUUCGAAAGGCAUCCCUGCUUGUAUAUACUUACUUUUGGUUUUGUAUCUGCUAAGAUAACAAAUAAACUAGUGGUUGCACACAUGACCAAAAGCGAAAUGCACCUGCACGACACAGCGUUCAUAGGCCCAGCACUAUUGUUUCUGGACCAGUAUUUUAACAGCUUUAUUGAUGAGUAUAUCGUACUCUGGAUCGCCCUGAUCUUUUCCCUCUUUGAUUUGCUUCGGUACUGUGUCAGCGUGUGCAAUCAGAUCGCUGCCCACCUGCACAUCCACGUGUUCCGAAUCAAGCCCUCCUCCUCCUCACAUUCUAAUCACCAUUAGUGAAUGGGGAGUCACCGUACGGAGAAAGAGGAAAGAGUUGGUUUUCUACACGAGCGGAUGUGAGGAUACGUAGGAGACUGAGGCAAAAAGCAGAUAAGAACAAAGUAAUUUAUAAUAAUCGGUGUUGUAUAACUUUUCUUCUUUGUUAUCGGUAACACUCCUUAACUAGUCUCCUGCCUGAGAGAGUGAAUUCCAAGUACACCCUAGUCAACUCUACAUGUAGUCAACUCUUGGUUCAAAGCCCGGGAAAGCAUGCAGGGGAGUAAUGCUCUGUCUUUGUAAUUACCUUGAUUACAAAAUAAUCUAUCUAUGGUGAAUGGAUCCCCAGCAACCGAAGUUUCUAAUGUAGUAUAAUUACAGCUGCAAUACGACUUGCUUUUAAUUUUAAUAUCUCAUCAUCUCUUAGUGAAAUACUUGUUUAGUGUCCACUCGAAAUUUAUUUACUAAAGACCUGAGCUGGGAAAAGCAGAGAUAUCUCACUAGGUUGUGUAGCUGCAGCAGCUGUCGGGGUGUGAGCCCAGCCUGAUGGGCUUCUCUUGCCCGAGCAUCGCUGGCGAAGCGGCUCCUCGCCGAAGGAGAAGGCGAGGAACAGGGUUCUGCGAGCGGGAGGGAUGGCCGGCAUGCAAAAUAGUGUGGUAUCUUGGUCAAUUAAUUUUAUUUUUUUAAAUAAACGUUAUCUAAAAAGACAACUUAUUUCUCAAUUUUCUUCAG